AUGUCUCAAAAUCAGAAGUCAGCCUUGGAAGCCGCUGAGCAAGGAUAUAUCGAGGACAAUAAUGACUUUCUCCAGCGGAUGCGCACUGCUGGGAGCGUUCAAUUACCAGCGGAGCUGUUUGAACAGCUGUAUUUGGCCCCUCAGAACCGUGUCAAAGGUCAUCUCCGGCAGACAUUUGGCAACCCAACACCGAUCGCUUUAGGAGGCUUUCUCAUGUGCUCGACAUCAUUGUCGAUGACCUUACUUGGAUGGCAAGGUGCAGGCGGGCUUGGAGCCGCCAAUCUAGGAGCAUACCUGUAUGUCGGUGGAGUUACUCAGUUUCUUGGAGCAAUCGGGGAAUGGAUUUUAGGGAAUACCUUCCCGGCCGUUGUUUUUUUCCUAUUUGGUGGCUUUUGGCUGGCGUUUGGUACCGCAAUCGAUCCUACCACCGGAGCAUCUGCCGUGUAUUCUCCGGAUCUCAAAGUACCAGCUGAAGGACUCGUUGAGCCUGCUUUCUUCGCUACCUUUGGGUUCUUCCUAGUGACCUUGGCCAUCGUUGUAGCCUUCUUCACUAUCGCGAGCAUCCGCACAAAUCUAGUCUUUUUUAUGGUGUUCCUGACGCUAACCCCAUCAGUUUGUUGCCUUGCAGCUGCUUUUUUUGCACUGGCAAGUGGUCGUGCUGCUGCUGCUGCCACCUAUCAGCACGUCGGCGCCGGUUUGCUACUGGCAGUUAGUCUUAUGGGCUGGCCCGAUGGUCAUUCAACCAUCCCUAUCCCUGACAAGAAGUACCUGACCCAGGAUGCUGGCAAGGGGUUUGGUUUCAGCGGCGAGGGUAGCCAGGCCGCUGGUACUGCCUCCUCCGGCAAUGCUGAGGCUGGCUUCGGCUCCGGCUCCGGCUCCAACGCUACCGGUACUUUCACCAGGAGUUCCGCCUUCGGCACUAGCACCAACGCCGCCGCUGGUCUCCAGGUCGGUGUUGACUUCAUUUUCCUGUAA